AUGAAAAACUUCGUGGCUAAACUGGGAAAGACAUUUGCGGCUGAAAGCAAGGAAUACAAGGAAUAUGAAAGAGCCGUCAAAGCCAUGAUUUGGUCACGAGAUGAGAAGGGGUUUGAAGGCGGUGCCGACAGCUAUAGAAAAGUCAUUAAAGGGACAACCAAAGAAGCAGAGCUUCUAACGUACAUGACAAAGUAUGUAUCGGGUAUUGUCGUGUCCCAAAAAUGGGGUGGUCCUUGGGUCGAGAAACUUGCACAUUUUGGUGCACGUACAACACAACGAGUAGAAGGUGCUCGCUGGCAGCUGAAGAGGAUAUUGAACACUCCUGGAAAGCUAUCACAAUUAUUCAAAUCAUAUCAUCUUUAUCUAAAAAGCAUUGGUUCCAUAUCCCAUUUCGCUAUACGCAUGAUAACGACAGAGUUCAUCGAAGCACGUGGCACAGCCGAUAGUGAGAUUGUGGAUGAUUGCACAUGCGAGACUCGAGUCAAUUACCGGUUGCCAUGCCAACACAUUUCACGUAUGAAAACAUCGAAAGGCCUAUCUCAGCUAGUGAUUGAUCCAGAUGCAUUGGAUCUUCGCUGGCAUUUGAGAAUAUUUGACAAAACGGUCAUGGUUAAGCCUAUAGCUGAUACUGUCAAUGGUAGUUAA